AUGUCUAUGUCGGGAUACUUGCCAUCUCCCUUCUCUCCUCCUCGUCCUCUUUCCCGUCCAUCCUCCCGCAACUCUGUCCGUUCGAACGGGCGGCCUGCAAGUCCUUCCGUAUCGCUCCCAGAUGACACAGUUACCAUCCGGACACAGAUGUCCACGCUCCGACACUCCAUCCGGCACCAGCAGGCACAGCUUCAGUCGCUGGAGAACACGCUAUUGCGCGGCCCGCGGCCAUUACCCCCAGGCAUCAUGGGCUCACCACCACAUUCACCCAUGGAGCUCGACUUGGCAUCGGGGCAGCCCGCCACGUACAAUCCAAGACUGCAGAAGCGCAACAGCUUCGAAGUGCUCCACGGGCUCGCUGGGCCCGAUUCAAAUCUACCGCUACCAAGACGCGACGAGAGGAGAUUGUCGUUUGGAGAGGAAAAUGGGAUACGGGAGGGUAUCCCAACCAUGUCUGGUAUACGAUCAUAUAGCCCUACACGAACAUUGAGUCGAAUACCCGUGUCAUCUGUGGGCAACGCACGAGCAUUAGCUGAGGAAGGCCAGCAAGACAGCUCGCACGCCGCCUCAGCCCGGCUGUCGCCUAACUUUGGCGCGUCGACGUCGUCGUACUCCCCCACGUCGCCCAGCCGCCGCAGCUCCUUCGCGCCCGGAAACACGACCAAGGUGCUUGCAGACCUGCAGGCGGGCGUGCUCAACGCGAAGAACGCGCUCGAGAACACGAAGGCGCAACUCAGGGUCAGCCAGCGCCAGGUCAGCCAGCUGACGCGCCAGACGGAAGACCUGAAGGAGGUGCGCGAGCGGCUGCGGCUGGAGAACGAGGGGCUGAACAACGUGGUUGCGCGCAAGGAGCGGCUGCUACAGGAGGUGCUGGACCGCGCGCGGAAGGCCGAAGCGGAAGCCAUCUCGCUGAAGUCGCAGCUCAAGCUCGAGUCGACCAGCUCGAAGAAGUCGAUCCGCGAGAUGGACUCGUCGCUCGCGGAAGUGACUGCGCGCUCGCAGAAGGCGGAGCGCGAGUACGCCGUGCUGCGGGACUCGCUCAAGGGCCUUACGGCGUCGUUCCAGGCGGACGCGACCGCGCUGCGCGAGGAGAUGCACCGGCGGGAGGAGAAGGUGCUGCGCGAGGCGGAGGAGGUCGGGCGGCGGUAUACGCGGCUCGUCGCGGAGGUGCGGCGCGAGCGCGAGGAGAGCGGCGCGGGCGAGGUGAAGCGGCUCAAGGAGGAGAACGACCGCAUACGCCACGAGGUCGAGCAGAGCUUCCGCGAGGACAUUGGCGCGCUGCGCACGCAGGUGGAGAAGGUGGGUAAGGACAACGAGGAGGCGUGGCGGACGGCAAAGUCCCUCUCGGAAGAGCUGGCUCGUCUUCGCCGCCUUAUGCGCGCAGAAGGCGCUGCGAAUGCUGCGUCGGAGGCCGCUGCGGCCGAUGCUUCCUCGUGA